GAUUCCCGCAAAUUUCUGAAGGUUAAAAAAUGGCUCCAAACACAUGAUCACCAAUCCAUAGUCCUCCUCAUCCUCCCCUUGUUGUUUAUGCAAGUUUCGUCCACAUCUGGUCAAUCAACAGUACUGUAUUGUUCUUCUUUUUGUCUCCACCAUUUAUUUCCCUUGCUCGCGGAAUCCGUUAACCCCGGAAUCCGCCAUGGAAGAUGUAUAGAAUAAUAUCCACGCCGGCGUCAAAGUUCCGCCAAUUCCGGCGACUCCGUUCUCGACCUAACAUCAAAGCGUCGAGCGACGAGGAUCACGCGUCACACAUUCUAUGGCGGUACCAGAUCCUGGACCCAGACAGCGAGUUCGUUGCUUAUUGGAACAAAGUUUUCCUUGUGACGAGUCUCCUUGCAUUAUUUAUAGACCCUUUUUACUUCUUCCUCCCCACCGUUGGUGGACCUGCUUGCUUGACUGCAGACCCCAAACUCAGCAUCUUCAUCACCAUCCUCCGCUCUUUCGCUGAUCUUUUCUAUUGCCUCCAUAUGGCCAUGAAGUUUCGUACUGCCUUCGUUGCUCCCAAUUCUAGAAUCGUCGGUCGCGGUGAACUUGUUAUGGAUCCCCGCCAAAUAGCUUUGCGUUAUUUGAAGUCCGAUUUUGUCAUUGACCUUGCUGCCACCAUUCCAUUGCCCCAGAUUGUUAUUUGGUUAGUCAUUCCAGCUAGUAGUGGCUCAAAAGCUGAUCAUGCCAACAACACUCUUGCACUUUUGGUUCUAAUUCAAUACGUACCAAGGCUCUUUCUCAUCUUUCCUUUGAACCAGCGUAUUCAGAAAACAACUGGUGUGAUAGCUAAAACUCCCUGGAUUGGUGCUGCAUACAAUCUCGUCCUCUACAUGCUAGCUAGCCAUGUUACUGGAGCAACUUGGUACCUAUCUUCAAUAGGUAGACAAUUCAAUUGCUGGAAAACACAAUGCCAGCAGGAAAAUAGAUCGCAUUCUCUUAUUUGCAUGAAUACUUUUCUGGACUGUAAUAGUUUGGAAAUCCCUGAAAGAAAAUAUUGGAUAAAUGUCACACGUGUUGUUAGCAAGUGCGAUGCAAAGAGCAAGAUCAACAUCAAAUACAAGUUUGGGAUGUUUGCUGAUGCUUUCCUCAAUGAUGUUGUCACUACUAGUUUCAAGGAAAGAUACUUCUAUUGUCUUUGGUGGGGUUUAAGAAAUUUAAGUUCCUACGGACAGAAUUUGGACACCACCACAUACCUUUUGGAGACACUUUUUUGCAUCAUCUUAUGCAUUGCUGGAUUAGUUCUCUUUUCACUUUUGAUUGGAAACAUGCAGACAUACUUGCAAUCCAUGUCAGUUAGGCUAGAAGAAUGGAGGAUUCGAAAAAGAGAUACAGAGGAGUGGAUGAGGCAUCGUCAGUUACCACAAGAUUUGCAAGCACGUGUUCGUCGCUUCGUUCAAUAUAAAUGGCUAGCAACAAGAGGAGUAAAUGAAGAGGCCAUACUACUUUCCUUACCUUUGGAUCUUCGCCGUGAAAUUCAACAUCACUUGUGUCUCUCUCUAGUGCGACGUGUCCCAUUCUUCUCACAAAUGGAUGAUCAGUUACUUGAUGCCAUAUGUGAACGACUAGUGUCAUCAUUAAGCACAGAAGGAACUUACAUAUUUAGAGAGGAUGAUCCUGUAGAUGAAAUGUUGUUUAUCAUUAGAGGGACAUUGGAGAGCUCUACAACCAAUGGAGGAAGGUUUGGAUUUUUCAAUUCAAUCACACUAAGACCUGGAGACUUCUGUGGAGAAGAAUUGUUGACAUGGGCUUUAUUACCAAACUCAACACUCAACUUACCUUCCUCUACUCGUACUGUAAAAGCUCUUACUGAAGUAGAAGCUUUUGCACUACAAGCAGAGGAUCUAAAAUUUGUGGCAAGUCAAUUUAAGCGCCUUCAUAGCAAAAAACUUCAGCAUGCUUUUAGGUAUUAUUCACAACAAUGGAGAACAUGGAGUGCUUGCUUCAUACAAGCAGCAUGGAGAAAGCAUCAGAAAAGGAAGGCAACAAGGGAGUUGUCAAUUAAAGAGGGUCUGUACUAUGUGGGGGAUCCUGAGAUUGAAGGAUCAUCAGGGAAUGUGAAAAACUUUAAUAAUCUUGGUGCCACUGUUUUGGCCUCAAAAUUUGCUGCCAAUACAAGGAGAGCGAACAAUAAGAUUCAAGAUAUUAAUCCUGUGCCGCAGUUAUUCAAACCUGAUGAACCCGAUUUCUCUUUAGACCACGAUGAUGUUUAGUGUGCACUCAACUAAUGUGUUUAACUAAUUCAAUAGGAAUUAUUUUAUGACUUGGAUGUAAAUGGUGUUGUACUUUUAUAGAUUAGUAUUCUUAAUUCUUUUACUUAAAAUAAUUGACAUUAA